CGCCGCCGCCGCCGCGGCUCCUUGCACGCCGUGGCCCGGGUGGCUGCCAGAGCUGCCGCCCGCCACCCGCCGCCCUGACAUCCCGAGCCUCUUCCCUCUGUCCCGGCCCGGCGCGCAGGUGUUCAUGAAAAAAAUGCACACAGUCCUGACUGACCGGAAUAACUCAUGAAGAAGGGGCUGGAUCCGUGGGUCAGAGAACACAGGACCAGUUUGCCAUCCCAAGGCCGAAGGCCUCCCUCCAACACAGUCCUCCAAGCUCUUAGAAAUCUCUGACACAUCUUGACCAUGAGACCACGGCUGGGUUUUGGCAGGAUUCAAGGCACAAACCCAGCCACCUCCAAGUAGUUCAUGGAGGAGCCUCAAGAGAUACUGGCCAGGCAAGCUCUGCCCUCCCGAGGGAAGAGCAGCGCGUAGAGGAGGCGGCUGGCUGCAGCAGGAGUGGACAUGAACGCUGGUUUUCAAAGAGAACAGCGUUUCAGUUUUGGUCAUCGGAAGUGGUGCCUUCAGCACAGAAGAGCGUGAUUUCUCCUCCAAGGCCGUUGAUCUCCAAUGUGGGACUAAAGAGCUGAAGAGGCCAGAACAGAGCCGUCCCAGCAUCCAGUGUGGCAUCUCUUGUGCUAGGGCCAGGGAUGACUGGGCCAUGGACACAGACGCCUCCAACCUUCAGCCGUUUGCAUAGCACACGGGGGACUCGUGGGGGCCGCUUGCCACUGCCAACAGAAACGGUACAAUGGCAAUACUGACAUCCUUCAUGACGUUUUCACAACAGACAUUCAGGCAGGAAGAGCUGGUGCGUUUUCUGUCUGCAAAGUAGCGGGCCAUGCCUCACCAAUAUGAAAAACUUGGGCCCUGACCACCUGCUCUGAGUCCACUCACAGCCAGUGACACUUGCAAAAAAAACUCCCAACGCCUUCUUAGGUUUGGCUUCCACAGCUCUUGACCAAUGUGGCCCAAGCUGGACAUCUCUUUGGGACACUUGGAUUAUUCAUAAAUGCAGCCUGCCCUGACCCUCCCUGAAUAGCAUCUGAAGUCUCUGUGGAGGUCAUGGAUCCUGAACAAAGUGUCAAGGGCACCAAGAAGGCUGAGGGAAGUCCCCGGAAGCGGCUGACCAAAGGAGAGGCCAUUCAGACCAGUGUUUCUUCCACUGUCCCAUACCCAGGCAGCAGCGCAGCUGCCACCCAAGAGAGCACCCCCCAAGAGCUCCUAGCCCCGCAGCCCUUCCCGGGCCCCUCAUCAGUUCUUAGGGAAGGCUCUCAGGAGAAAACGGGCCAGCAGCAGAAGCCCCCCAAGAGGCCCCCCAUCGAAGCCUCCAUCCACAUCUCACAGCUUCCGCAGCAUCCUCUGACACCAGCAUUCAUGUCGCCCGGCAAACCCGAGCAUCUCCUGGAGGGGUCCACGUGGCAGCUGGUUGACCCCAUGAGACCUGGACCCUCAGGCUCCUUCGUGGCCCCUGGGCUCCAUCCUCAGAGCCAGCUCCUCCCUUCGCACACUUCCAUCAUUCCCCCUGAGGACCUGCCUGGCAUCCCCAAAGUCUUUGUGCCCCGUCCCUCCCAGGUCUCCUUGAAGCCCACAGAAGAGGCACACAAGAAGGAGCGGAAACCCCAGAAGCCAGGCAAGUACAUCUGCCAGUACUGCAGCCGGCCCUGCGCCAAGCCCAGCGUGCUCCAGAAGCACAUACGUUCGCACACGGGGGAGAGGCCCUACCCCUGUGGCCCCUGUGGCUUCUCCUUCAAGACCAAGAGCAACCUCUACAAGCACAGGAAGUCCCAUGCUCACCGCAUCAAAGCAGGGCUAGCCUCAGGCAUGGGCAGCGAGAUGUACCCCCCGGGUCUGGAGAUGGAGCGGAUCCCUGGGGAGGAGUUUGAGGAGCCCACUGAGGGAGAAAGCACAGAUUCUGAAGAGGAAACGGGGGCCACGUCCAGUCACCCGACAGAGCUCUCUCCCAGGCCUAAGCACCCCCUCCUCUCCAGCAGUUUGUACAGCUCUGGGAGCCAGGGUUCCAGCCACGAACGCUGCUCCAUGUCCCAGUCCAGCACAGCCCAGUCGCUCGAGGACCCCACUCCAUUUGCAGAACCCUCAUCUGAGCACCCCCUGAGCCAUAAGCCCGAGGACACCCACACCAUAAAGCAGAAGCUGGCCCUCCGCUUGAGUGAGAGGAAGAAGGUGAUUGACGAGCAGGCGUUUCUGAGCCCAGGCAGCAAAGGCAGCACCGAGUCUGGCUAUUUCUCCCGCUCAGAGAGCGCUGAGCAGCAGGUCAGCCCCCCAAACACCAAUGCCAAGUCCUACGCAGAGAUCAUCUUUGGCAAGUGCGGGCGGAUCGGGCAGCGGACCACCAUGCUGACCGGCACCUCCACCCAGCCCCUCCUGCCCCUGUCCACUGAAGACAAGCCCAGCCUGGUGCCUUUGUCUGUGCCCCGGACACAGGUGAUCGAGCACAUCACGAAGCUCAUCACCAUCAACGAGGCUGUGGUGGACACCAGCGAGAUCGACAGCGUGAAGCCAAGGAGGAGCUCGCUAUCGAGGCGUAGCAGCAUGGAGUCCCCGAAAUCCAGCCUCUACCGGGAGCCCCUGUCAUCGCACAGCGAGAAGACGAAGCCGGAACAAUCACUGGUGAGCCUCCAGCACCCGCCCAGCAGCACCCCCCCUGUGCCUCUCCUGAGAAGCCACUCGAUGCCUUCUGCCGCCUGCACCAUCAGUACCCCCCACCACACCUUCCGAGGUAGCUACUCCUUCGAUGACCACAUCACCGACUCCGAUGCCCCGAGCCGCAGCAGUCACGUGUUUACCUCCCACCCCCGGAUGCUGAAGCGCCAGCCGGCCAUCGAACUACCUUUGGGAGGGGAGUACAGUUCCGAGGAGGCUGGCCCAAGUAGCAAAGAUGCUGUCUCCAAACCCUCAGACGAGCUGGAGCCCAAGGAAAGCGAGCUGACCAAAAAGACCAAGAAGGGUUUGAAAACGAAAGGGGCGAUCUAUGAAUGUAACAUAUGUGGUGCUCGGUACAAGAAAAAGGAUAACUACGAAGCCCAUAAAAAAUACUACUGCUCGGAGCUUCAGAUCACAAAGCCCAUCCCUGCAGGUGCUCAUGCAUCUUCGGAAGCCGAAAAGAGUCAGGCUGAGCAUGAGCCGUGGUCCCAGAUGAUGCAUUAUAAAUUGGGGACCACCCUGGAACUCACCCCCCUGAGGAAGAGGCGGAAAGAGAAGAGCUUGGGGGAUGAGGAAGAGCUGCCUGCCUUUGAGUCGGCAAAAAGUCAGUUUGGCAGCCCCGGGCCGUCCGAUGCUGCUCGGAACCUUCCCCAGGAGUCCACCAAGUCACCAGCAGAAUCCAGUAAAUCAGUGCCCUCCUUGGAGGGACCCACGGGCUUCCAGCCAAGGACUCCCAAGCCAGGGUCCGGUUCAGAAUCAGGGAAGGAGAGGAGAACAACGUCCAAAGAAAUUUCUGUCAUCCAGCACACCAGCUCCUUUGAGAAGUCCGACUCUCUCGAGCAGCCCAGCGGCUUGGAAGGGGAAGACAAACCUCUGGCCCCGUUCUCAGCUCCCCCGCCCGCCCCACACGGACGCUCUGCUCAUUCCCUGCAGCCCAAGCUGGUCCGCCAGCCCAACAUUCAGGUUCCCGAGAUCCUUGUGACUGAGGAGCCUGACCGGCCAGACACAGAGCCUGAGCCACCCCCUAAGGAACCCGAGAAGACAGAGGAGUUCCAGUGGCCCCAGCGCAGUCAGACGCUUGCCCAGCUCCCAGCCGAGAAGCUGCCACCCAAGAAGAAGAGACUGCGCCUGGCAGAGAUGGCCCAGUCAUCAGGGGAGUCCAGCUUUGAGUCAUCCAUGCCUCUGUCUCGCAGCCCAAGCCAGGAAAGCAGUGUCUCUGUGAGUGGGUCCAGCCGCUCAGCCUCGUUUGAGAGGGACGACCAUGGCAAAGCCGAGGCCCCUGGCCCCUCCGAAAUGCGCUCUAAGCCCUUGGGCACCCACAUGCUGACUGUACCCAGCCACCACCCGCACACCCGAGAGAUGCGGAGGUCAGCCUCAGAGCAGAGCCCCAAUGUUUCCCAUUCCGCCCACUUGACUGAGACACGCAGCAAAUCAUUCGACUACGGCAGCUUGUCCUUGACAGGCCCUUCCGCACCAGCCCCAGUGGUUCCCCCGGCCCCUCCAGAGAGAAGAAAAUGCUUUUUGGUGAGACAGGCCUCUCUGAGUAGGCCUCCAGAAACCGAGAUGGAGGCUGCUUCCAAGGGAAGACAGGACAGCGAGGAGCCACAGCCCUCAUCCAGUAAACCUUCCACCAAAAGCUCGUCCCAGAUUCCCUCAGCGGCCACCUCACAAGGCGGGCACCCAGGAGGCAAGAGCCAGGUGCAGGACAGGCCCCCACUGGGGUCCUCUCCCCCAUACACGGAAGCACUGCAGGUGUUUCACCACCCCAUAGCCCAGCUGCCCCUGCACGAGAAACCAUACCUGCCCCCACCGGUCUCCCUUUUCUCCUUUCAGCACCUCUUGCAGCAUGAGCCGGGACAGUCUUCAGAAUUCUUCUCCACACAGGCCAUGUCCAGCCUCCUCUCCUCGCCGUACUCCAUGCCCCCGCUUCCUCCCUCCUUAUUUCAGGCUCCACCACUUCCUCUCCAGCCUACUGUCCUGCACCCAGGCCAACUCCAUCUACCCCAGCUCGUGCCUCACCCAACCAACAUCCCCUUCCGGCAGCCCCCUUCGUUUCUUCCCGUGCCAUACCCUGCCUCCUCAGCACUCUCUUCUGGGUUUUUCCUGCCCCUCCAGUCCCAGUUUGCACUUCAGCUCCCCGGCGAUGUGGAAAGCCAUCUGCCCCAGAUCAAAACCAGCCUGGCCCCGCUGGCCGCAGGAACUGCUGGCCUCUCCCCCAGCACAGAGUACAGCAGAGACAUUCAGCUGCCCCCCGUGGCUCCACCAGCCAGCCCCUCUGCACCCACGUCAGCCCCUCUGCUCGCCCUGCCUGCCUGUCCAGACACAAUGGUGUCCUUGGUUGUACCCGUCCGUGUUCAGACCAAUAUGCCGUCCUAUGGGAGUGCAAUGUACACCACGCUUUCCCAGAUCUUGGUCACUCAGUCCCAAAGCAGUUCAGCAACUGUGGCUCUUCCCAAGUUUGAGGAACCCCCAUCCAAAGGGACAGCUGUGUGUGGGGCAGAUUUGUUUGAGGUUGGGCCUGGACCAUCUGGGUUAAGUGAAGAACAAAGCAGAGGUUUCCCAACUCCAUACCUGAGAGUGCCUGUGACAUUAUCUGAAAGAAAAGGCACUUCACUGUCAUCAGAGAGUGCCUUGAGCCUGGAGGGGAGUUCAUCAACAGUAGGGGGAAGCAAACGUGUCCUUUCACCAGCUGGCAGCCUUGAACUUACCAUGGAAACCCAGCAGCAAAAAAGGGUGAAGGAGGAAGGGGCUUUCAAGGCUGAAGAAAAACUUGAGCUGGUAAAACCAUGCAGUGUGGUGCUUACCAGCACCGAAGCUGGGAAGAGGCCAGAGAAAUCCCACUUGGACAGCCAGGGCCAGGGCAGGAGGGAGGUAGAAAUGCUGUCCAGUCUGUCCUCAGAUCCAUCUGACCCAAAGGAAAUUUCUCCCCUCCCUCACCCCACAUUGCCCCAUGGAACAGCCUCAGGUUCAGAAGCUUUGAAGGAAUAUGCCCAGCCCUCUGGCAAACCUCACCGAAGAGGGUUGCCCCCACUGAGUGUGAAGAAAGAAGAUUCCAAGGAACAACCUGACCUCCCACCCCUGGCACCUCCCAGCUCUCUGCCUCUGUCAGAAACAUCCCCAAGACCAGCCAAGUCACAAGAAGGUACGGACUCAAAGAAGGUACUGCAGUUCCCCAGCCUCCACACGACCACUAAUGUCAGUUGGUGCUAUUUAAACUACAUUAAGCCAAAUCACAUCCAGCAUGCAGAUAGGAGGUCUUCUGUUUACGCUGGUUGGUGCAUAAGUUUGUACAACCCCAACCUUCCGGGGGUUUCCACUAAAGCUGCUUUGUCCCUCCUGAGGUCUAAGCAGAAGGUGAGCAAAGAGACAUACACCAUGGCCACAGCUCCGCAUCCUGAGGCAGGAAGGCUUGUGCCAUCCAGCUCCCGCAAGCCCCGCAUGACAGAGGUUCACCUCCCUUCGCUGGUUUCCCCGGAAGCCCAGAAAGAUAUAGCUAGAGUGGAGAGGGAAGAAGAGAAGCGAGGGAAGCCGGAGGAGGACGCUCCCGCCUCCAAGAGAGGGGAGCCAGCGAGGAUCAAAAUCUUCGAAGGAGGGUACAAAUCAAACGAAGAGUAUGUAUAUGUGCGAGGCCGCGGCCGAGGGAAAUAUGUUUGUGAGGAGUGUGGAAUUCGCUGCAAGAAGCCCAGCAUGCUGAAGAAACACAUCCGCACCCACACUGACGUCCGGCCCUAUGUGUGCAAGCACUGUCACUUUGCUUUUAAAACCAAAGGGAAUCUGACUAAGCACAUGAAGUCGAAGGCCCACAGCAAAAAGUGCCAAGAGACCGGGGUGCUGGAGGAGCUGGAAGCCGAAGAAGGAACCAGUGACGACCUGUUCCAGGACUCAGAAGGGCGAGAGGGCUCGGAGGCUGUGGAGGAGCACCAGUUUUCAGACCUGGAGGACUCAGACUCAGACUCGGACCUGGACGAGGAUGAGGAGGAGGAUGAGGAGGAGAGUCAGGACGAGCUGUCCAGACCAUCCUCAGAGGCGCCCCCGACCUGCCCACCAGCCAUGCUGCAGGCAGACUCCUCACCUGCUCCGGGCCCUCAGCCCCCAGAUGCCACCUCCAGCAGCGAGGCCACACGAGGAAGCUGCAUCUCCGAAGCUGAGCUCUUGACAGCCAGCAGUUGCUCCAUGUCCAGCCAGAGCAUCCUGGGCCUCCCCCGGCUGGGACUGGCCCCUUCAGACCCUGUGGAGAAGGACAUGGGCUCAGCCCUGAGCUCCGAGGCCAUGUCCCCGAGAAGGCCAUGGUCCCCAAGCAAAGAAGCAGGCAGCCGCCCGCCACUCGCCCGCAAACACUCACUAACCAAAAACGACUCGUCUCCCCAGCGAUGUUCACCGGCCCAAGAACCACAGGCCUCAGCCCCGAGCCCGCCUGACCCCCACAUGGGCCCUCCGCCUUGUGGGUCUCCAAGACUUGAGCUGUCACCUCUCACCCCCCGCCCCCUGGGAAGAGAACUGCCUCCUCGAGCACAUCUGCCCCCUGCAUUCAAGGGCACCACAGACCCAGGCCCCGCCAGACACUCGCCCACCAGGAGACGAUCCCCAAGUCAGGCCGAGUCACCGCCACGGUCAGUGCUGCCAGGGAAGUGGGCCUUGGCUGGGCCAGGCAGCCCCUCCCCGGGCGAGCAUGGCCCAGGCUUGGGGCUGGCCCCGCGGGUUCUCUUCCCGCCCGCGCCUCUACCUCACAAGCUUCUCAGCAGAAGCCCCGAGACCUGCGCCUCCAUGUGGCAGAAGGCUGAGUCCCGAAGUCCCUCCUGCUCGCCUGGCUCUGCUCAUCCUCUCUCCUCCCGACCUUUCUCCGCCCCUCAUGACUUCCAUGGCCACACCCCGGCCCGGACAGAGGAGAACAUCUUCAGCCACCUGCCUCUGCACUCCCAGCACCUGACCCGCACCCCGUGUCCCUUGAUUCCCAUCGGUGGGAUCCAGAUGGUGCAGGCCCGGCCAGGGGCCCAUCCCACUUUGCUGCGAGGGCCCACCUCAGCUUGGGUCAGUGGCUUCUCAGGGGGUGGCAGUGACCUGACAGGGGCCCGGGAGGCCCAGGAGAGAGGCCGCUGGAGUCCCACUGAGAGCUCAUCAGCCUCUGUGUCACCCGUGGCUAAGGUCUCCAAGUUCACACUCUCCUCGGAGCUGGAGGGCAGGGACUACCCCAAGGAGAGGGAGAGGACGGGAGGAGGCCUGGGCAGACCUCCUGAAUGGGAGCCCUGUGGGGCCGAGGUGCCUGCAGAGUCUGCGCACACGCACAGCCCCUGCACCCCAUCCGAGGCCUUGCCCUGGCCGCUCCAGGGCCACCUGCCAGCGCAGUCCUGGAGCUCCCACUUGGCGUCACCACGCAUGCUGGCCAACCCCGAAGCCUCUGCCACCCCGCCACUGGACCGCAGCAGCUCUGUGGGCUGCCUGGCAGAGGCCUCCACUCUCUUCCCAGUCCGGAGGAGGAACCUCUCUGGGGAACCCAGGACCAGGCAGGGCUCCCCUGAGCCCUCGGGAAGUGGGGAGCCCAGGGCACCUCCACACCAGCCCAAGGACAGGGGCCCGCCGAGCACUUAGCCUCUCUCCGACCGCUUCAGCAUCUGGCUUCCAGUGUUCGGCAACAGACGUUUCCAGCCAACUUCCUCGAAUCAUCUUGCCCUCAUGGGCUCCCUCUCCAUCUGUCCAUCUGUCCAAGCAGCUUCUGCUCAGUGCCAUCUGUUCUAUCUCCCCAUGUAUGCAGUUACCUGUGCCUUUUUCUAUACCUUUUGUUGCUUGAAAAGGAACAAACAAAUCACACACAUACAUAAAAAGAAAAAAAAACCACGAGGAGUUUGAGGCUGUGAAUAGUUUGUGCUUUUUGGAGAAAGGCUGUAGGAGGAGGCUCCCUACCCUCCGCCUCUGCAAUUGGCAGCCCCACACCCACCCACCCCCCACGGCUGGCAAGGGGCAACCACUUGCUGAGGGAAAGGGGAUGCACUGAGGGAGAAAAAAAAAAAAGGAGAAACUUUAAAAAAUA